AUACCUAAUAAAAACAAAUGUUUGUCGCCUUGAGAAGGUCAUUAUUUAAUAAUCGCGAACUAAACAAAAUUUGUACACAGUUUGCAAACAAAAAAAGUACAGCAACAAAAACUAAAUUCGGUGUACUUUCGAGUAAAACUCAUUGGAAUCUCAGCUACAGCACUACUUGCAACAUGUCUAAAACAGCAUUGGUUAUAUUAGCACCCGGCUCCGAAGAGAUGGAAUUCGUUAUAGCCGCAGAUGUUUUGCGACGCGCCGGGGUUAAGGUCACCGUUGCCGGCUUGGCUGGUGUUGAUGCAGUGCAAUGCUCACGCGAUGUAUGCAUUGUACCAGACACAUCGCUUGAUAUAGCUAAGGGCGGCCUUUACGAUGCUAUUGUUUUACCCGGUGGUCUUGGUGGCGCUAAGGCAAUGUCUGAAAGUGCCGAACUUGGUGCACUGCUCAAGGAGCAAGAAGCGGCAGGACGCAUUGUGGCGGCGAUAUGUGCGGCACCAACAGCACUCUUAGCACAUGGCAUUGGCACUGGCAAAAAUUUGACUUCAUAUCCGUCGGUUAAGGACAAAUUGGUAGAAACAUACAAAUACGUUGACGAUCAAAAAGUUGUGCAAGAUGGUAAUUUAAUUACGAGCCGUGGUCCUGGUACAGCUUUUGAUUUCGGUUUAAAACUGGCUGAGGUAUUGGCUGGCGCUGAUAAAGCCAAAGAAGUAGCCAAAGGUAUGCUCUUGGCGUAAGACUGCUAAGAAAAUUCAAAAUUGAUGUAAUGUUUGCGAAUUCAAUAAGAUUGAAAUAAAAUCGAAAGCUUUAAACUGUAA